AUGGCAAUGACAAAUAACAAAACACAAUGUUUUACAUGUAAUAAAGACAAAAUAACAUUUUCUUGUAGAGGAUGUUCAAAGGAAUUUUGUUUAAUACAUUUACCAGAACACUAUCAAAGAUUAAAUGAAGAAUUAAAUCAUAUUAUUGAUGAUUAUAAUGAAUUUAAAGAAAAUAUUAAUGAACAGAAACAAAAUCCAGAAAAUCAUUCAUUAAUAAAACAAAUUAAUCAAUGGGAAAUAGAAUCAAUUGUGAAAAUUCAACAAAAAGCACAAGAUUGCAGAGAGAUUGUCAUUGAAUCAUUGCAAACACUUAUUAAUGAUAUUGAAAUGAAAUUUAAUGACUUAAAUAAACAAAUACAAGAACUUCAGAAAGAAAAUGAUUUUAAUGAAAUUAAUUUAAAUCAUUUAACAAAUCAGUUAAGAAAAAUUACACAAGAAUUAAAUAGCCCGUCAAAUCUUUCUAUUCAACAAGAUUCACAAUCAUUUAUUAAUAAUAUUUCAAUUAUUUUACCAAAAAAACCAAAAUUUACCAAAUGGAAACAAAAUGCCAUCACUGUGGCUGCUGAAAAUGGACAAGGACAACAAUUAAAUCAACUCAAUCGCCCUGUUGGAAUCUUGAUUGAUAAAGAGAAAAAUAUUUUCAUUGCUGAUAAUUUCAAUCAUCGUAUUGUUGAAUGGAAAUAUAAUGCCAGAGAAGGACAAGUCAUUGCAGGUGGAAAUGGCAAAGGAAAUCGUAUGGAUCAAUUGAAUUGUCCAACAGAUGUGAUUGUUGAUCAACAAACUCAUUCCAUCAUCAUUGCUGACUCUUUAAACAGGCGAGCGAUCCGAUGGAUGAAUCAAAAGCAACAAAUUCUCAUUCACAAUAUUGACUGUCAAGGAUUAGCAAUAGAUAAACAUGGAUUUCUCUAUGGUUCUGAUUAUAAGAAGAAUGAAGUGAGACGAUGGAAAAUGGGUGAAUUCAACAAUGAAGGAAUUAUAGUGGCAGGUGGAAAUAGAAAAGGAAAUCAACUCAACCAACUUGAUUAUCCUACUUUUAUCUUUGUUGAUGAAGAUCAAUCUAUUUAUGUAGCAGAUAGAGAGAAUCAUCGUGUAAUGAAAUGGAGAAAAGAUGCAAAAGAAGGAAGAAUUGUGGCUGGAGGAAACGGUGAUGGGAGAAGUCUUAAUCAAUUAUCUUCACCUGAAGGAAUAAUUGUUGAUGAUUCAAGUCAAAUCUAUGUGGCAGAUAGUGGGAAUCAUCGAAUAAUGCGUUGGUAUGAAGGAAAAGAAGAAGGUGAAAUUAUUGUUGGUGGAAAUGGUGCAGGAAAUCAACCAAAUCAAUUGAAAGGUCCUGCUAGUUUAUGUUUUGACGAUGAAGAGAGUCUUUAUAUUACUGAUUAUUGGAAUCAUCGAAUUCAAAAGUUUGAAAUCGUUCAGUGA